CGCCUCCCUGUGCCCCGCCCCUCGGGCUCGCUCGCUGCCUGCCGGCUCCUCCCGACUGUUCCCGGCUCCUCCCGGCCCUCUCCCGGCUCCCUCCGGCUCCAGCUCCUGCUAGGCGGUGGCGGGCAGUUGCAGUGUUGCAGAAUGGCUGACCUCAGUCUUGCAGAUGCACUAACAGAGCCAUCUCCAGAAAUUGAGGAAGAGAUAAAGCGGGACUUUAUUGCCACACUGGAGGCAGAGCCCUAUGAUGAUGUUGUGGGAGAAACUGUUGGAAAAACAGACUAUAUUCCUCUCAUGGAUGUUGAUGACAAAACAGGGAACUUAGAGUCAAAGAAGAAAACGUGCUCAAAUACUAGCCAAGUUGAAGGUUCUCCAUCUUCUAAGCCAACAGUGCUAGCCAACGGUGAUCAUGGAAUAGAAGGGAAUGAUACUACAGGAUCUUCAACUGAAUUCCUUGAAGAGAAAAUGGCCUACCAGGAAUAUCAGAACAGCCAGAACUGGCCUGAAGAUACAAACUUUUGUUUUGAGCCUGAGCAAAUAGUGAAUCCUGUCCAGAACGAUCCCUUUAAGAUGCACCAUGAUGAUGGCCUGGCAGAUUUGCUGUUUCUCUCUAGUGGAGCAGCCAAAGCUUCAGCAUUUACAGGACAAAAUGACCCUUUGAAAGAUAGUUAUGGUCUGUCUCUCUGUGAUACGUUGGCUCCUGAAACUGUUGCACCUGAACAGUGGUCUGUAGACGCCCCAAAUACUCCACACUCAGAAUCCCUCAUUUCCUCAGAGGACAUUAUAGAACCCCUGCAGGCAGCAGCAGAGCAAGUUGAGGAAAUAGAAAUAAUAUCAGCAGAAGAGAGGCCACCAACAAAAUCACUGGAAAUAGGAUUGGGACUGAAAAGUACUGACGUGGCACCAGCCACAGAAGCAGAAAUGACAUUGGCUAAAGAUAUGGAACCACCCACCAAAUCAGAAGUGGCACUCUCCCAGGACAUGGCACCAAUCACAGAAUCAGAGAUGGUAUUGACUAAAGGUACAGAACCAUUCACCAAAUCAGAAGUGGCAUUGGCCCAGGACUGGACACCAGUCACAGAAUCAGAGAUGUCAUUUUCUAAAGAUAUGGAACCAUCCACCAAAUCAGAAGUGACACUGGCACAACCAUCCAAUGAACCAGAUAUGGUCUUCUCCAAGGACAUGGUACUACCCAACGAAACACAGGGGACCCAAGUUAAAGAUGUUGUGUUACCCAAUGAAAUAGAGGUCACCCCAGCAAAGGAUACAACGCUAUUCAAAGAAACACAGAGGACACCAUCUAUAGAAAUGGACUUGGCCCCACCCGAGGGCAUGGUACCAUCCAAAGAAAGAGAGAUAGUUCCAGAAAUAGAGAUGGCACUGAAGAAGGACAUUGUAUCAUCCACAGAAAUACCUUCAACCAAGGAGAUGACCUUGUCUGGGGAUGUGACACCACCCCCAGAAACAAAGGUCAUCUUAAUGAAAGAUACAGAACUUCCCCUGGAAAAAGAGGUAGCUCCAGUCAAGGACAUGGCUCCAACCCCAGAAGAAACAGGAAUGGCCCUAGUCAAGGAUGUGACUCUGCCUCCAGAAACAGGGGUGACACAAGUCACAGCUCUGACUCCAUCCGCAGGAAAAGAGGAAGCCCCAAUCAAAGAUGUAACUCUAAUUCCAGAAACAGAAGUGGCUGUGUCUAAAGGCCUUAUCGCACCCCCAGAAGCAGAGAUAGCCCUGUCUAAGGAUGUGGCUCUUUCCUCUGGAAAAGAGGUGACCCUGGUUAACAAUGUGACUCCUCCCAAUGAUGUUGCACCACUCUCAGAAAUAGAGGUGGCACCAGUUCCAGUUAAAGACAUGGAAAUUACAAAGACACAGGAAGGAAUGAGCAAGGAUUCCCAGUUAGAAGUCCUCCAGGAUGCGGGGCAAUCAACUGCGCCCACCUCUGUGAUUGCACCAGAACCAGUCAUACCUGUGGGCCAGAAGUACAGCUUGCCAACAGAUGGAGACUCUGUGUUAGAGAAACUAGAGCAGAAGAAACCAUUCAGCAGUCAGCCUUCUGAACUUUCUCCAGAGACCUCAGCCAACUUCAUGUAUUGCGGUACCCCUGCCACACAAGCCAAACAAGUUUGCAGACCCAGUGCCCGCAGGUCCACCCGGCCCAAGCCUGCCAGGCUCCUACCUGAGCUGCUGGGAGGCUCUCCUCCCCAGAAGACUCUUGAUCCCAGGCUGGGCCCCUACCCUGUGUCUGAGUUGGGUUGGGUCUCCAGCUCAUCUUCCAGUGGUGAGCCUGGGAACCAAAGGAGAAGUGUUCACGUUGACUUCCUUGAACCCCAGAGGGAUCCUGGCAGGGAGUCCUGGGAUACGGAAAGCACUGCAGUGAUGAUGAAGAAAAAGAAGAAGAAACCAAAGCAAAAGAGAUAUUGUCAGCCCCGGACUGGAGGGUCUUGGGAUGAUGACAAUGCAGAUGAGCCUCAGAAUCUUCGCUUUGCAGCUGACCCACGAAAAUCUGCUGCUCUCCCCAGCCAGUCUGUCACUAUGGGCGCAGAAUGUAGACUUGUAUCCAAAGAAAACUUGGAAAGUGUAGCUGACUCCAGAGCAACCAAACUGGUACCCGAGAACUUUGUCUCAGAGGGUCUCCAAAUUCCCUUAUGUCCUUCUGAAGAACCUCCAAAAACUUCAGUAAAUUCUCAGCCAAAGUUGGAAGUAGAAGAUGAGGGCAAAGGUAACAAGUCUGUCCUGCAGAGCCAAGACAAUAAAUCGCUGCAGCAAGAAGCACCCAGACCACAGCCUGCACCCCACCUGAGGGGCUCUGUGAAUGAAAGCCCUCCCCAUCUGAAAGGAUCCCCAACAGAAUUUUCUGCACCCAAAGUAGAAACUCUUUUAGAGGUCAGACCCAAAGAAGGUGGCACUCCAAUCUUGGACCAAGAAAUUAUAGUUGGAGUUUCAAAACUCACAGCAGCAAAAGAACUGCCUGAUUCGAUGCCUACUUUAACAACAAGUAAUCAGUUAGAAAGCAGUGUAAAGGAAGGGAAUGAUGAAAAUAAAGUGACUGCACUACAGAAUGUCAAACAAAAAGAAUUUCCUGAAGGAGUGGAGGAGGUUAAAGGACUAAAAAAGAAAGCAUUUCCCAAGCGAAGAGAGGAGAUCAGCAUCUUUGCAUCUGAGCAGCCGCAGGGCCAGGUGUUAGUUCAGGGCUCUGGGCUAGGGAAUGAGCCAUUUAAGAGAGUUUUGGGUGAUGGCAAAAGCAGGAAGGGCAGGACAGGUUCAGGAAAAAUGAAAGCAAAUUCAGGGAAGUUAAGAGAGAAACCUGAGCAGGCAUUGUUUUUGGACAGCCAGAAGGAUGGCAGGGCUGUUGUGCCAACCGAACCAGUUCCUAAAACUGAAGGAGUGACUGCCAGGGAUACAAGUGAAGAGCUGGACCUGGACCCUUCAAAGCAAACUGGGGCCAGGACUGAUCUCACUGAGACAGUGGUGAUGAGGGAGCAGAAGGAAACUACUGACCCUAGGGUAGCAGACACAUUGCAGGCAUUGAAUUCUUGGGAAAAUGGAUCCAGCAUGACUCAAGUUUCUGGUUCUGGGACAGAAAAAGGAGCUGUAGAUAAAGAUAUGGGUGUUAGUAACCAGAGCAAAGAAGGAAAGUGUCCUUGGAUGGAUCAUGAGGCACUUUCCUGCAUUUCUGAAAAGCCUAAGAAGAGAGGACAUGAGGGCAAAACCAAAAAAUUUAAAACUGAUUAUUCCCUACAGCCUGGUAGAAUGGAAAGCAAGGAAGAGAACCUCAGCCCUCUGGUAGGGGAAGAUAGAGAUGCCACUGAUGGUGUUCCCCAUAAAAACAAGGAAUUAAACCCCAUUUUCCCCAAAAUACAUGAUCCUUUUUUCUCACAUACACCAUUGGUUGACAGCAUGGGCAGAAAUAUUGAGGUUAAUUAUGCUGAGCUUGGGAUUCUUGAGGGGAACAAAACAAAAACAAUCAAGGAUUCUGCUGUUACUGAACCAGCUGCCAAGGUGACAGAUGUGAGCUGCCAAGGGCAAAUCCAAGGGGCAGGAUUUGUUCUUUCAGCACUGUCUGAGGAGAAUAAAACAGAUGCAGCCAAAGGACACAUUUCAGUGGCUGACAAACCAAAUAAAAGUAGUAGUGGUGGAAAAAGUAAAAAGGUUAAAAAUAGUUUUCCUGAGAAGCACAUUCUGGAGAAUAAGAUAGAUGUAACAGAAAUACAUGUUCCCAUGGAAACCGCAGAGGACCACAGAAUUGAAGGAAUGGGCUACAUAGAUGAAAAUAGAAAUAUUACAUUUACCUGUCCCAGAACACCAUCAGGGCUAAUGGAUAAGUCAGUUUCUCUAGAAGCUCUAGAAUCAGCAACCUGUGAAAAACUUCCCAUUCCUAUUCCUCAAGCUAUGAAAGAAGGUGGUUCCUUUCUAGACACCUCAGGAAAAAGUGGGCAAGCGGAAGCCCCAGCCCAGAUUUCCAAAUUGUUAGCGGUAGAUGAGUCUAACAAAGAUGGAGUCCCAGGUCCAGAAAAGCCCAAGAUUCCCUCUGCUGUUAAACCUCCUGCAAGCACAGGGGGACUUGCCCUGACUUUUACUGCAAUUGUGGAAACAGUUAAUAGUCAUGGAGACCAUUGUCUUAAGAAUAAAGGUGAACUUGCUGAUCCCAUAAAAAAUGAAGCACAGGUAGGUAUAGAGCAUGUGGGAGGAGAAUCUGGGUCAUUGCACACUGAUGCAUCUCAGCAUUCAGUGGAGAAAGCCACAGAGAAAGCAAAAGGGCACCUUCUUCCUGGAGUUCCAGAGGACCAGAGCCUGCCAGGAGAGGUCAGAGUCCCAGGAGCACAUGCAGAUAGGGAUAAUUUCCCCACACAUCCAGUAAGCCAAGAGGAGACUGAGGAAGCUCCCGCUCCAGUUCAAACUCCUGAGUUACUGGGAGACAAUGGACAGAAUCUCAGCAUUGGUGAGGGCCAGAAUGCUGAAGAUAAAGAUUCCAAGGGUGCAGAUAGUUUGAAUAAAGAGGUAGAUGUGACUCUUUCACCUCCAAAAAGUGAAAAGGAUCCAUUAAAAGAAAUUAGUCUGGCUUGUGAAAUCACAGAAGGUGUUUCUUUGCCGACACCAGAGCUUCCAUCAGAUAUUUUCCAUGGUAAAAGCGCAGCUCCGCCAGGAGUGGCGGAUGUAUUAGAAAUGACUGCUUCCAAGAGUUUUCAACUCCCAGAACUCAAAGAAAAGAUCUUGGAGUCAUCUCAGAACACGGCAGAAAAAUUUGAACCAAAGACACUGGGUGAAAGGAAGAAGGAAGAUAAAAGAAAGGCAGAACCCUUGAAAGGCUACAUGAGGCCUACCAAGUCCCGAGGACUUACUCCUGUUUUGCCAAAGCCUGCAGUCCAGGAACUAGAGAAAUUCAAGCAGCUGAAAUCCAGUGGAAUAACCCGACCAGAUGAAGGACGGCCUGCUGUGAGCGUGACCGGAAAUGACAUCACCACCCCACCAAGCAAGGAGCUCCCACCAAGCCCAGAGAAGAAGGCAAAGCCUUUGGCCACCACUCAACCUGCAAAGACUUCAACAUCGAAAGCCAAAACACAGCCCACUUCUCUCCCUAAGCAGCCAGCUCCCACCACCACUGGUGGGACGAAUAAAAAACCCAUGAGCCUUGCUUCAGGCUUAGUACCAGCUGCCCCACCCAAACGCCCUGCUGCCACCACUGCCAGGCCUUCCAUCUUACCUGCAAGAGACGUGAAGCUGAAGUCCACUGCAGAGGCAAAGACUGCUGAGAAGCGGACAUCCCCAACCAAACCAGCCUCUGCCCCAGCCCAGAGACCUGGAUCCAAGAGCACCCAGACUGUUCCAAAAACCACAGCACCUGCCACUCCUGCUUCAGCUGGGCAAAGCAGUAAGAGCCCCCCAGCACCUCUGCCUAAGAGGCCCACUACCAUCAAGACUGAGGGGAAAACUGUAGACGUCAGAAAGAUGACUGCAAAGUCUGCACCAGCGGACUUGAGUCGUUCUAAGAGCACCUCCACCAGUUCCGUGAAGAAAAGUACCACUCUCACUGGAGCACCCCCAGCAGGAACGGCUCCCACUCGAGUCAAGACCAUCCCCACAGCCCCCCGGCCUUCUGUGACUCCUUCUGUUGACAAGAAGCCCACCUCUGCCAAGCCCAGCUCCUCUGCCCCUAGGCUGAGCCGCCUAUCCACUACUGCUUCUGCCCCCGAUCUGAAGAAUGUCCGCUCCAAGGUGGGCUCCACGGAAAAUAUCAAGCAUCAGCCUGGAGGAGGCCGGGCCAAAGUAGAGAAAAAAACAGAGGCAGCUGCUACGGCUCGAAAGCCUGAACCCAGUGCAGUCACUAAAGCAGCCGGCCCAAUUGCGAGUGCACAGAAACCGCCUGCUGGGAAAGUCCAGAUAGUCUCGAAAAAAGUGAGCUACAGCCAUAUUCAGUCCAAGUGUGGUUCCAAGGACAAUAUUAAGCAUGUCCCUGGAGGUGGUAAUGUUCAGAUUCAGAACAAGAAAGUAGACAUCUCUAAGGUCUCCUCCAAGUGUGGGUCCAAGGCUAACAUCAAGCACAAGCCUGGUGGAGGAGAUGUCAAGAUUGAAAGUCAGAAGCUGAACUUCAAGGAGAAGGCCCAGGCAAAGGUGGGAUCCCUCGAUAAUGUGGGCCACCUGCCUGCGGGAGGCGCUGUGAAGACUGAGGGCGGUGGCAGCGAGGCCCCUCCGUGUCCGGGCCCCCCUGCUGGGGAGGAGCCGGCCAUCUCUGAGGCAGCGCCUGAAGCUGGCAACCCCACUUCAGCCAGCGGCCUCAGUGGCCACACCACCCUGUCAGGGGGUGGUGACCAAAGGGAGGCCCAGACCUUGGACAGCCAGAUCCAGGAGACAAGCAUCUAAUGAUGACAUUCUGGUCUCGUCUCCGUCUCCCCUGUGUUCCCCCUCUUGUCUCCCGCGUCACCCUCUCCCUUCCCUCCUCCCGUGUCACUGCAGAUUGAGACCUACAGGCUGACGUUCCGGGCAAACGCCAGGGCCCGCACCGACCAUGGGGCCGACAUUGUCUCCCGCCCUCCCCACUUCCCUGGCGGCCCCAGCUCGGGCUCCCGGGCCCUUGGUCCCCUUUCCCGGGCUGUCCACUAGACCUAGGAGCGCUUGGGUGCCGGGCCGCCCUUCAGGCCCCCUUCCUUCCUGCCACGCUUGCCCAGGGCAGCAGCAGCAGCAGCCCCCCACCCCCCACCCCAGCUCCCUCCACUCUGCCCCAGGCCACUCCCUGCUCUGCUCCCACACCACCGCCAUCACCUUGCCACUGCUCCGUGGAGAUUGGGAGGGGUUUGGCGGGUGGAGCUAAGUUGGCAUGUAAGGGGACGGGGGGCCAGAUUCCAGCCUCCUCUUUGUUUGGUUACUUUGGUCCAAACCCUGAAGAAACUGACAUACCCCCCUCCUCCCUGGGUCCACCUGGAGGAAGAGUGGAGGUGGAUUCCAUGUGACGUCCCCUGGAGCGCAGCAUGGCCCGCGCUGCCCUGCCCCAGGUUAGGGCAGUGCUGCCUGUCCCCACUGCUCACGGUGCCUGCCCAGCUGCUCCCACGCAUUCUCUAGUUUUCCCUUUUUCUUCUAAUAACCUAGAAACUGGUGGAGUAGUUUUGCAGGUUGAAGCCAUGUCUCUGAAAGUCCUCAGCAGGUGUAAAAGGAAAUGGGGGAAGGUCCUUAAGCCUCCACCCAGGAGGAUGUCGGGCAUCGGGGGGGGGUGGGGGGUGGGCUGCCCUGCUGGGGGCAGCCUGGCGGCCCGAAGGCGUAUGGGCAGGGAAGCAAGGUGUGCAGGGGCUGUGGCCUGAUGAACCGGUCAGGCAUGUGAGGGGCUGCUCAGUGUGGCCUGGUCGUGGUGGCGUUGUGUUUGCUGCUUUUCUUUUCUAACCAAGAGGCUGGUUUUGGCAUCUCUGUCUCAUUCCCUGGGAUGUGGAGUACAGGGCCAGGGCUGGAGGAACAGGAAAAGGCCAUGCUAGUCAAAUUCCUUUAGCAGGCCUUGGAUGCUCAAGCCCUCUGUCCAGUGAAGCCUGCGGUGUCCAGAACUUGUGUGACAGUGGGGAAUCAGGUCUGGAAAUUUAAAAAUCAAAGGUCUGAGACCAAGGCCAUCCCACUUCCAGGCAGAGUGGAGAGGGAGAGGCCAAGCCCGCCUGUCUGGGGCAUCUCAGCUAGGCC